AUGUCAUCCCUCCAGAGCAACCAAGGGUCAGCCUCCGUCACCGACAAAUCUGGAACAGGGCCUUCGAAUGCCUCCUUGGCUUCCGAUACUGCAUCAACAAAAGUUUCCGGAUCGGAUCCCUCAAGUACCGGCUUGACUGAGGUUUCUACAGUAGCGCCAACAAAGGCACUAGUAGAAACCGCGACAGCAACCAUAACGAAGACCUCCAUUGCAAUCACAACUACAACGCGCAUAGGCAGUGGCACGGGGUUGUCUAACGCUGCAAUCACUGGAAUUGCAGUCUCAUCUGGAGUCGCGGGGGCCGCGUUGGCCCUUUGUGCCAUUGUUGCCUUGCUAUACCUGAAGAGACGCCAUCACGAACCUGCACCGAAGACAAGUCUCGAAGAGCCGCCAAAGUCAUCACCAAAGAAUCUGAUGGUAGUUCCAGGCUUCGUUGGGCUGCCAACUCGCGUCCUGCUUACUGGAGCGUCUGACAGCGAUAUAAAAAGUGAGCUCGGCUCUCUGGGCAACCUGAUCGAGCGUCACGUCGAUGGCCAUUACCACCGUGACAAGAUCUCGGCAACAUCAGACACUCUCCACGCAUCGCUUCGAGAUCUUCAUUUGACAGAGGCUACCUGUAGCAUGAUUGCGAGAUUGUGCAUCGACCCAAAUACCCGAUACACCGGCAUCCGUCAUCUAUUGGCACUUGUCAUCUUUUCAAACCUUGACCUUCACACAAUUGAUUCACUUUCUCUAUUGCCGCCAACUGUCAAGGAAUUCUCUCAGUCGCGGAUCAGGGCGCCCAAGCAGGAACAGGAUCCUCUGAGCGUGGAGUCUCAGAUCGAUGCGCUCAUCACUGUGCUACAAAAGGCUUUGGAUCAUUUCGUUCCAAGAGACAAGGGCCACUCCCUCAAAGACCAACAGGCUAGCCUCGCUGGUGUCAUUCGCGAAUGUGUCAAGUUUGGUUACGAGGUAUUUUCGCAUCCGAGCGAUUGGGAGUUCACAUUUGCACAAGAAGAGCACGGAAUUAUCGUUGUUCCAGGUCUCAAACAGCGUAGCAGCAGCACAGGGGACCUAUAUGAUCCGCCAAAGCUAGUUUUGGCUCCCGAGAUAGUCGCUGUCCCUAAGCACUAUGUUUAUAAUGGAUAG